CCCUCGGAAGGUGCCGGCUAAGGACAGUCCUCCUCCUCCUCUUCCCCGCCAUCGCUCUCUUGCUGCUCAGUCCCGGGAGGCCGGCCGGUCCGGAACUCCCGUCCUUGCCGGUGCGGGCGCCGGCAUGUGGCUGUGGGAGGACCAGGGGGGCCUCCUGGGCCCCUUCUCGUUCCUGCUGCUGCUACUGCUGCUGCUGACGCGCAGCCCCUUCAAUGCCUGCCUCCUCACCGGCAGCCUCUACGUGCUGCUGCGGCUCUUCAGCUUUGAACCGUUGCCCUCCCGCAGGGUCCUGCAGGUGCUCAAGCCCCGAGACCGCGUGUCCGCCAUCGCCCACCGGGGCGGCAGCCACGACGCGCCGGAGAACACGUUGGCAGCUAUUCGGCAGCUUUUCUUCUGUGUCAAAAGAGCCCCUUCUCUAGCUCCUGUUGGAAAUAUGAAGACACGGAAGAAGGUUUUCAUAUUCUUAAAGUCAGAGAGACUGGCAGCUAAGAAUGGAGCAACAGGCGUGGAGCUCGACAUUGAGUUCACUUCCGACGGGAUUCCCGUUCUAAUGCAUGAUAACACGGUGGACAGGACCACCGACGGGUCUGGACGCUUGUGUGACUUGACAUUUGAGCAAAUCAGGAAGCUCAAUCCUGCAGCAAAUCACAGGCUCAGGAAUGAUUUCCCUGAUGAAAAGAUCCCCACCCUGAGGGAAGCUGUUGCAGAAUGCGUCAAAAACAACCUCACCAUCUUCUUUGACGUCAAAGGCCAUGCCACUAUGGCAACUGAUGCACUAAAGAAAAUGUAUAUGGAAUUUCCACAACUCUACAACAGCAGCGUGGUCUGCUCUUUCUUGCCGGAAGUUAUCUACAAGAUGAGACAAACAGACCAGAAUGUGAUUACGGCUCUCACUCACAGACCCUGGAGCCUCAGUCACACAGGAGACGGGAAGCCACGCCACACGUCCUUCUGGAAACAGACCACGUUUGUGAUCCUGGACAUUUUGCUUGACUGGAGCAUGCACAACAUCCUGUGGUACCUGUGUGGGAUUUCCGCUUUCCUCAUGCAGAAGGAUUUCGUAUCCCCGGACUACCUGAAGAAGUGGUCAGCUAAAGGCAUCCAGGUGGUAGGCUGGACCGUGAACACCUUUGAUGAGAAGAGCUACUACGAAUCCCACCUCGGUUCCAGCUACAUCACUGACAGCAUGGUGGAGGACUGCGCGUCUCAGUUCUAGACUCAGCCUCCCGAGAGGAAGCUCGGGUUCAGAAGCAGGCCCACUGGUCCCUGAGUAGGGGUAUCAGUUCACCCCUGGCGCCAGCCCGAGCCCAGGGGACAGGGGGACUCACCCAAGCAGUCGACAGCAACUGCAUUUUUUUUUACCUGAACUCAAAGCAGACCCUGUGUUGCCACCGUGCUCCACGGAAAGUUCAAGUUCAGUGCUGUUGCUCUUAAAACUCUGGGUCUGAGGUAAGGCACAAGAGCGUCUCCCACCCCAGCCAGCCAAAGCACACAUCAAGACCCAGUGAGGACCAGCACAGACCUGCUCUGCCAUGGGGGCAGGGGGAUGCGGAUGCACAUGCAUGGGACCUGCAUGACCACUCAGAGGUGACAUCCACAAACGUGCCACACUUAAGUAACUUAUUUAUAACAUGUUGACGAUGUACUGUAGAUAUCAAACUUGUGCGACCACACUAAUAAAAUCAUUAAAAGGA